AUGAUGUGCAACGACAUCGAUUCGUUGCCUUCUUUUAUUAACUCCUCCCAAAAUGGGCCAUACAAUUCCUCUAUAGCCUCUUCCGCCUCAUCCUCCGCUGCCUCGGUUUGGUCCGAAGCAUCUUCUCAAUCCUCCGAUGAUACUACGAUUUCCACCUGCGCAUCUGAUUCGUCAGAACAGUGCGCCUCUUAUUCUUAUGCACGGCUGUCUAGGCCCUCCAGAUCUGAUGUUACAUGCAGCCAGAUCUCACUAAACACUUGUUGGCCAACACAGCCGCAACAGGCCGAAGUUCCGCAAGAGCUUCGCCGUAAUCCACGACGCACCAAUAGUAGUGCGUCUACCAGGACUGGAUGCCCUCCGCCUCUGGUUCGCCAAAGUGAUCGCAAGGUGAACUUUGUCGAUAGCCUCGUCGAUUCGUCAACCCAGAUUGUAGAAGCGAUUUGGCCACUAUCUUCCGUCUUCCAUCGACAGGAAAUGGGUCCCAAGGCCGUGCUACCUCUGCGCACUUUCAUCCAAGAAACUCUGCGCCGGUCUCGUACGAGCUAUUCUACUUUGCAAGUCGCCCUCUAUUAUUUGAUACUGAUUAAGCCCCAUGUCCCUAAGCAUGACUUUACCAUGGAACAACCCGAUGAUGUCCACGCGAGCAGGGUUCUGCAGUGUGGUCGUCGUAUGUUUUUAGCUGCUUUGAUUCUUGCCUCGAAGUACUUGCAGGAUCGAAACUACUCGGCACGAGCCUGGAGUAAAAUAUCCGGACUUGCGACGCAGGAGAUUAACCAGAAUGAGAUGGCAUUCCUCGAGGCUGUAAAAUGGAAACUUCACAUCACCGAUGUAGUCUUUAAACGGUGGACCGAAAUCGUUCUAAAACAUACGCCAUCGCAACCUCCGUCCUCUGGGUCGGCCUGCUCCCAGAUUCCGGAUCAACAGCAUCAAGAGUGGAGGGAUCUGAUUCUUAACCUCGAGCCGGAGCUCAAUAAUAUUGAAGAUCUCAUCCCACUGAGCCCGUCAGUAAUGAAAUUCCGAGAUACCACGCCGACUCCGUCUCUUUCGGCUCCUUCUCCCCCAUCGGACGCGUCAAGUUACGUAAGCGAUCUGUCCACGCCCAAGACUUUCAACAUCCCAUUCGUUAUGGAGCCCGCACCGGCCACUGUACAUACUCCAGGUCGUUUUGCUCCAGCUUUGGGUCUAUUACCUACUCCUCGUCUCACUCCACAAUCGAUCGGAUUUAGCACUCCUGCCGCAACUGUCGCUACUUGCCUCCUUAGCGGUAAAGGUUCCAUGGGCUUCGCAAUGGCGCAAGCUGCAAAUGUUUCUGCUUCCCAGACUCUGGAUCGAUGGCCUGGUUCUAUGAGUUCUUCGCCCAUGAGUUACGUCUCAACGCGUCGUUCUUCACUUGCCAAUUCUAUUUCAACAGCAUCUUCACCGGAAUCGAUGAUUUCUGAUUCGUCUCGUACGUCUCGCUCUUCCUCAAUCUCAUCUGCUUCGUCGUUGGCCAGCGCGCCGUCCACCAAAUUGGAUGUUCAGGCGCGAUGCCGAUACGCGAAGUUAUGUGAGAGGCAGAGCUUAAGACCCGUCAUCGCUCCGGUACCCGAAGAUUAUGAAGAGAAUUGCAUCACAUCCUCACCUGAAUCUUACACCGGCACGGUGGGUAAAGAUUUGGUUCAGAUGUCAAUGGAGACUCCAUUGGCGCGAGGAUGUGAACUUGACGACGCCACGAACGCUGCUCGUGCUCUACAAGAACUUCAAAGUUACCCACAGCGAUCGAACACCCAGCCUCGGUUACCCGGUAGACUCGGUUCAAAGCGAAGCCGGCCGACGUCGAUUGACAAUUCUCUCCAGGAGAAUGUCCGCGAGAUGCUAAGUACCCAGUACUACAGCAUUGCUGAAAGAGAAGGCCAUGAGUCCAUGGUUCGCGGUCUUACAUCUAUGGAUUUGAGUAACCAACAGACCCCGGUUCAAUCGAAUGGGGGACGGAAACGAUUUUGCUGCGCAACUGAUGCUCGAUCAUAUAUCAUUCCCGCGAUUCACCCUGCAGUCGGAGGUCCCGGCGGCCCAGGCAUGUGGGAAGGUAUCCUGCGCUAG